AUGGAAAAUCCCGCCCCAUUAAUGCUCGAGAUAAGCUCCGAUGAGGAUGCCGGUUUCGGUGAGACCAGAAAAGAAGGUUUUGAUGACGGUUGGGAUGUAGAAGACCAUGAUUGGUUAUCGAAGCUAUUAGCCGAGGUGGAGGCGAAUGCAGUUCAUUCCGAUGAAGCAAUGGUUGUGAGAGAAGCUAUUCCGAACCCGAAAGAUUCAAUCAUACUGCCUUUGAAGCCCACUGCAAAAAUUGAGGAUUCUGACGAUGAUGAUUGUGUGAUUUUGUAUGGCGGCCCAGACAAAAUGUUUGCAGUUGAAGAUGGCAGAGUCAACGUUGAUGAUUCAGAUGAUUUGGUGGUUAUUGCAGAAAAGGGUCAGGUUGCAUGCAGAGACUUUCCUCACCCACGGCAUAUUUGUGCUAAAUUUCCAUUUGCUUCUACUCCCCAUGGGAGUCGUUGUGACCAGUGUCACUGUUAUGUUUGUGACUCAAUUGCUCCAUGUUCCCUUUGGGGAACUGGCAUUUCCAGUCUUGACCAUUGUCAUGCUACUGAAAAAGAGGAGUUCUGGAGAGCUCAAAGGAAAAGCUUGAAGAAAAGUGAUAAUGUGCCACCCAAUCUUCCUAGUGUCAGCAAUACUUCUUUUUUGAGAGAACUUUCACAAACCACUCAAGUUCUACCAUCAACUUCAUUACCACCCAAUUGUAGCCUAUUAAAUAUCAUAAAUCAAGGCAGAAGCCAAACACCUGGAUUUUCUGUUCCUAGAAAUAGAUUUCAACCAUAUUUGGUUGCUCAACAGUUACAAAAUAUAUCCAAUAGCAAUGGUACCUUAAGUGCUAGAAAUCCAAGUGUAUGGAACAGUGUCCCCUUUCUGAAGAGUUGGCCAGCUUCCGCGAAUCCAGGACUAAAUAGCUACAGUGGCUCCAAUCAGCCUACAAUGGGAAGCCGCGCUGCUAAUACAGUGUAUUCCCAGCCCGGAGUGUCUGUUCCACCAAACAUGGGAGGUUUUUAUUCAAACUACAUAACUUCUCAACCUCAAAUGUCCUCCCAACCAUAUUCAAGCUACUUAGUUAGAAAUUCAAUGCCUUCUCAACCCUUCCCUGCUAGCAACUUGGUAACUGUAUUGCCUUCGCAAUCACAGGUAGCAUCUCAGUCGAAUGUGGGAAACAAUACUGAAAACUCGUUUCUUUCCCAGUCCCAAUUGGUCUUUCAGCCUCAUGGAUCUGCUGCACUUUUGCAGACCCUUCUGUCCAACCAACCCGACAUAGGCAGUGACUCUCAAAAUCAUUUGCAUUCUCAGUCCCUCAUAACCUCCCAGCCCAACAUGGUUAAGGCCAAUGAAAAUUCUUCGCCCUCACUACCUAAAGCACAUAGUUACCCUAAUAUUCUGUCAAAUGAUGGUCAAUAUAUUUUCCAGCAAGGGAAUCUAACUGAAGUUAGUUUCCAACAUCACCAUGCUACACCUUCAAUGCAAAGUGUAACAAGAGAAGAUGAUUCCCAUCAUCAAAGUGGACCACAGGAAAAUGGCUGUCGUCGGCAAUUUGAAUCACCAGCAGAUAAUUGCUCCUUCACAGAUGAUAUUGGUUUCCCAUUUCCUUGA